AUGGGAAAGCGAGCGCAAGCGGGCGUAGCACAGCCUGCCGGGAAGGUAGGCAAGACACAGCGCGGCGCCGAUUUCCCAGAGGCUGCGGCGCACCUUGCAGAGAUCCACCAAGCUGUUCAGCAGAUCGCCAAGCACCCUGUGCUGCAGGACAUCCUCACUGCAGAGCCAGUGGAGUUUGGGGCGAGGGACAAGUGGGGGAACGUGGGCUACAAGCACCCGUUCAACGUGCAGCAGUACCGGAAUGCCAUGAUGAGCCAGGGCGCCGCCGAGUUUGCAGGCAACUUUUUCUGGUGCAACCCAUGCUGGCUGGCGCUGCACGGGGUUCCGCCCAACAAGAGACAGUUGCUGGAGAUAUCCGACAGGGACUUUGCAGAGCCGGUCGAAUUCCCAGACUGCAUCACACUGGCUGCCCCGGACAAGCACUUCCCAGACGGUCAGAAACAUGUGGAUUGGUUCAAGCGAGUCACGCCAGAGGAGGUCGUUCACGCGUAUCUCCUGGCAGUUGCUCGCGAUGCUCAAGAUGUUGAGACGCCGCCAGAGACCAUGACACUGUGGCGAAAGUACCUCUUGAGCACAACCUUUCGAGUGGUCCUUGCCUCCGGUGAGGCUGUGCACUGGCUAACUGUCAAGCAUCGCGAAGAGAUGACCCGAAGGUUCCAGGCGGUGCAGCGGACGGCCCUCCAGCGGGUCUUCGAGGUGGUUGCCUACUUGCAGCAACAGAACGCGCUGCCUGCCCCAGGUGCUGGCAAAACUUGCGCGGUCACUACCUUGGCUCACACUUACGCAAACUACGGCUGCACCGCUGGUGGAGAGCGCAUCACGGAGAACUUCAUCGUGGAGGCUGUGCGCUUGUGGCGCUCACUGCUGUCGCACAAGGAAAGCCGGGCCAUUUUGUUGGAGCUCGAAGAGGAAUUCGGCCACCGCAAUCCGCUGAACGGUGUCAGCCGCUUGGCUGAGCUUGCAAAGGUGUGCCGCGGCAGCUCCGCAGAGCAACUAUGGGUGCUUUCCACCGUCCAGGACCGACUUCGCAGCGGGCAAAUGCAAGUUUCGGAAAACUUGUCCGCUGAGUGCUUGAGUGGCCGGAGCGCUGGUGGCAAGGGGCUGGUGCAGCUCUACCUCUACAAGCGCGAGCUGCAGCAGGACAUCUUGCAGCGGCUCAUGGCCAUGCACCCUUUGCAGCCAGAGGUCGCGACCAAGAUCAAGCAGAUUUUCAGCAGCCACGUCUCUUACAGAGAGCAGUGCAAGCCCUACAGCGGCGAGGCCGACAUCUCUUACACAGUGGCGUGGCCACGCUCUGGCCACUUGAUCGCGUCCAUCCUCGAGGACGGGCAGCCCUUCGCGCUUCGCUUUGCCUUUGACACAAUCUACAGCAAGGAGACAGACCCCUUGCAAAAGGUUGCCCUGCGAGCUCGGAAAUCAGUUCGGGAGUACUGGGAGUACGACGCUCCCAGCAAGCGGCUAGAGGAGUGGAAGAAAGCCUUGGAGCAGGAGACUGGUGCCAAUCUUCAAGACUCCCCAAGCCGCGCAGACAACGCUGUUGUCGGCUCUGUGGGUCAAGACGACGAAGGAGGCGAGGAGACCUGGGAGGACCGUGCCCGGUUGCAAAUGGCGCAAGCUGGCUGCCAAGACGCUCCUGUUCUGGAGCGUUUCGUGACCAAGGCUUCCCGCCUGGUGACGUCGCACGUGCAGCUUGUCACCAUGGAGAUGUCUGAGACCGAGCUGGCUGAUGCCUUGUCUAACACCCCUGCGCUGCAAGUCAGUGGAACGCAGGGCCUGCAGUACUGCGCCCUCCUCCUGGAUAGCAAGCUUUCCGGGGAGGCCGUGACAAGCCCACACAUCCGCACGCCUGCCUACGCAGAAGAUGCGUUCCGGAAGUUGGUGGCGGCCUUCACAAAGGCCAAGGGCUCCUGUGGCAGCGUUCUCCCUGGCUCUUUGGUCAUGGUCGCAGAUGCCGGCAAGAUGGGACUCACCAAUACGGACUUCAAGCGCUUGUUCCUGGACGAAGAGUCCAAAGUCAUCCGCGACAAUAAGAGCACCUUGCUGUACCUGGCGUACAGCCACGAGCAGCUUGCUAAGCGCCGGCGAGCAACGAAGGUGCGCGGCGGGAACUUGCAGCUCAUGGAGGUUCUCACUAUCUUCUGGGGAGAAAGGCCGGAGAUUCCCAGACGCGACCGCUUGGUCUACAAGCUUGGCUCGCAAACGAAUGAAGGCAACCUUUUGUCCGCUAUUCAGUACCAGCCUUGGCCACAGUGCUGGGCCCUGCCCUUCAGCAAGAAGAAAGAGCUGUUUGGGCCAUUUCGCCGCCCAGUGGGCGGCACCACGGCGCCAGAGGGCGUGGAUGAGGAAGUGGAAGAGCAGUGCCAGGCUGUGAGACGCAGUCGCUUCUUUCCUCUUUGUGCUUUAAUGGGCGUGCGCCGUUGCCAGGCCACUGCGGACGCGAGUGCCGUGGAAGAGUUGCCGGGCGCCACAGGCUUGGCUGUGAACGCUGGGCGCGGCUCCUGCGCCAAGCGCGUGGACACGAACCUAGAGCCGGUUUUUUUCCACAGCUGGCACGAGCAG